AUGGAGGCGGUGCCCCCAGCUGUGGACCUGGUGCUGGGCGCCUCGGCUUGUUGCCUGGCCUGCUUCUUCACCAACCCUCUGGAGGUGGUGAAGACGAGGCUGCAGCUGCAGGGAGAACUGCAGGCCCGGGGCACCUACCCACGGCCCUAUCGCGGCUUCGUGGCAGCUGUGGUCGCUGUGGCCCGCGCAGACGGGCUGUGGGGCCUGCAGAAGGGGCUGGCCGCCGGCCUCCUGUACCAGGGCCUCAUGAACGGGGUCCGCUUCUACUGCUACAGCCUGACAUGCCAGACUGGCCUUGCCCAGCAGCCUGGGGGCACCAUUGUCGCAGGUGCCAUAGCAGGGGCGCUUGGAGCCUUCGUGGGGAGCCCUGCUUACCUGAUCAAGACGCAGCUACAGGCCCAGACGGUGGCCACCAUGGCCGUGGGGCACCAGCAUCAUCACCAGAGUGUCCUGGGUGCCUUGGAGACCAUCUGGCAGCAGCAGGGCCUGGCAGGACUGUGGCGGGGCGUGGGUGGGGCCGUGCCCCGAGUCAUGGUGGGCUCUGCUGCUCAGCUGGCCACCUUUGCCUCUGCCAAGGCCUGGGUGCAGGAGCAACAGUGGCUCCCGGAGGACAGCUGGCUGGUGGCCCUGACUGGGGGCAUGAUCAGCAGUGUUGCCGUGGUUGCAGUCAUGACACCCUUUGACGUGGUCAGCACCAGACUGUACAACCAGCCUGUGGAUGGAGCUGGCAGGGGGCAGCUGUAUGGGGGCCUUGCCGACUGCCUUGUGAAGAUCUGGCGACAAGAGGGCCCCCUGGCGCUGUACAAGGGUCUAGGCCCCUCCUACUUGCGGCUGGGUCCCCAUACCAUCCUCAGCAUGCUCUUCUGGGAUGAGCUCCGGAAACUGGCUGGAGGGGCCCAGCAGCAGGGUACCUAG